AUGAAGUUCUUCGCUACCGCUACAAGUAUUCUGGCCCUCACUUCUCUGGUGUCUGCUAGCCCUCUUCUAAAAGCUAGAGCAGAUACUUGCUCUCUCACUGCUUUGUCUUGCAGUACUACUGCUGCAAGUGAUUCUUGCUGCUCUCCUACUUAUGGUCUUCUUGUUCUCGUUCAACAGUGGUUGACUGGUUAUGGACCAACAAAAGAAUUUACUCUCCAUGGCCUUUGGCCUGAUACCUGUUCUGGUGGUUUGACAUCUAGCAGUGGUUGUGAUUCCACUCGUGCUUACUCCAAUGUUGGUCCUCUCGUAAAGAGCGGUAAUUCGAGCCUCUAUACCCAAAUGACCACCUACUGGCCUUCUUACACUGGCGACGACAGUACCUUCUGGACUCACGAAUGGGACAAGCAUGGAACUUGUGUUACAACUUUGGACCCUGACUGCUUUGGUUCUUCUUACACUCAGUACCAAGACAUGUACACUUACUUUUCCAAGGUUCUUGAGCUCCGCUCUACAUACAACCUUUACAGUAUUCUCUCGAAAGCAGGAAUUACUCCCGGUGGCUCAUACACUGCAACUGCCAUUAUUGCUGCAAUUAAGAGCAGCACUGGGUAUACACCCAAGAUCACCUGCUCUAGCGGUACUUUGAGCGAGAUCUGGCUCUACUUUAAUGUCAAAGGCUCAAGCACCUAUGUACCUGUCGAGGCUGUCGCGUCUUCUACCUGCACUGGAACAGUCAAAUAUCCCGCUAAGACUGUUUAAAAUAACUUUGUAAAGUUAUUAAUUAUUAUUCGUAUUAUCAAAUACUCUUAACUUAUUCUACUAUGUGAUACAUUGUUGAUUAAAUUCUUCUAUGAUAAUAAACAAGCAAGU